AUGAACGGCGCUCAAUUCACAGAUCGGGCCAACAAGGCCUUGCUGGACUCCAGCGCCUUGGCCGAGCAAUAUGCUCACUCCCAAAUCUUACCUCUCCACUUGGCUGUGUCACUUCUCAACCCAUCUCCCGAUGAGUCGGAGGACCAGCAACCCGUCGGCCACUCGUCACACGAUGCCGCCUCGACCCCACUCUUCCGUCAGGUCGUCGAACGGGCGCACGGCGACCCUCAGCUGCUCGAUCGGGCACUCAUGAAGUUACCCCCACCCGAGACCGUCAGCGUCUCUCCCGCUCUCGCCAAGGUCAUUCGGAAGGCGACCGAGCUGUCAAAGACACAGAAGGACAGCUUUGUCGCUAUUGACCAUUUGAUCCAGACUGUCGCACAGGACUCCCAGGUCGAACGCGCCUUGCGAGACUCGAACAUUCCCAACCUCAAACUGAUCGACAAUGCGAUCCAGCAAAUUCGUGGCUCGCGUCGCGUCGAUUCCAAGACUGCCGACUCCGAGAGCGAAAAUGAAAACCUCAAGAAAUUUACCAUCGACAUGACCGCUCUCGCCCGCGAGGGUAAGAUCGAUCCUGUUAUCGGACGUGAGGAGGAGAUCCGCCGAGUCAUCCGAAUCCUCAGUCGACGCACCAAGAACAACCCCGUCCUGAUCGGAGAACCCGGUGUUGGUAAGACCACCAUUGUGGAGGGCCUGGCGCGACGGAUUGUCAACGCCGAUAUCCCUGCCAACCUGGCUAACUGCCGUCUCCUCUCCCUCGACGUCGGAUCUCUGGUCGCCGGCAGCAAAUACCGUGGUGAAUUCGAGGAGCGCAUGAAGGGCGUCCUCAAAGAAAUUGAAGACUCCAAGGACACCAUCGUCCUCUUCGUCGACGAGAUCCAUCUCCUUAUGGGUGCUGGAUCCAGCGGCGAGGGCGGCAUGGAUGCUGCCAACCUUCUCAAGCCCAUGCUGGCUAGAGGCCAACUUCACUGUAUCGGUGCGACCACCCUGAGCGAGUACCGCAAGUACAUUGAGAAAGACCAGGCCUUUGAGCGACGAUUCCAGCAGGUCCUCGUCAAGGAGCCCUCUGUCUCUGAAACAAUCUCCAUUCUCCGUGGACUCAAGGAGAAGUACGAGGUCCACCACGGUGUCAACAUCCUCGACGGCGCCAUUGUCACUGCGGCCACCCUCGCUUCCCGCUAUCUGACAGCUCGCCGUCUUCCCGACUCUGCUGUUGACCUGAUCGAUGAGGCCGCCGCGGCUGUCCGAGUGACGCGCGAAUCCGAACCCGAAGCUUUGGAUACCCUCGAGCGUAGGCUCCGCCAACUUCAGAUUGAAAUUCAUGCCUUGGAGCGUGAGCAGGAUGAGGCCGCCAAGGCCCGUCUUGAGACCGCUAAACAAGAAGCUGCCAACGUCACCGAGGAACUGCGACCCAUGCGCGAGAAGUAUGAAAGCGAGAAGAAGCGCAGCAAGGAAGUGCAAGAUGCCAAGAUCAAGCUCGACUCCCUCAAGGUCAAACGUGAUGAGGCUGAGCGCUCCGGCGACACUGUGACUGCCGCUGAUCUCGAAUACUACGCCAUUCCCGAAACCAAGCAGCUGAUCGAACGCCUCGAGGCUGAUCGAGCCCGAGCUGAUGCUGAGCGACGGGCUACUGCUGGCGAGGCUGGUGAGGCUCUGCUCGCCGAUGCUGUUGGCCCGGAUCAGAUCAACGAGAUUGUUGGUCGCUGGACUGGCAUCCCGGUUACUCGAUUGAAGACUACGGAGAAGGACAAGUUGCUGAACAUGGAGAAGUCUUUGGGCAAGGUUGUCAUCGGACAGAAGGAGGCUGUUGUCUCCGUCUCCAAUGCUAUCCGACUGCAACGCUCCGGUCUGAGCAACCCGAACUCACCUCCAAGCUUCCUCUUCUGCGGUCCAUCGGGUACCGGUAAGACCCUGCUUACCAAGGCUCUUGCUGAGUUCCUCUUCGACGACCCCAAGGCCAUGAUCCGAUUCGACAUGUCCGAGUACCAGGAGCGUCACUCGCUGAGCCGGAUGAUCGGUGCUCCUCCUGGCUACGUUGGUCACGACGCCGGUGGUCAACUGACGGAGAGCUUGCGCCGCCGCCCCUUCUCCAUCCUGCUCUUCGACGAGGUCGAGAAGGCCGCCAAGGAAGUCCUCACCGUUCUCCUGCAACUCAUGGACGACGGUCGCAUCACCGACGGCCAAGGCCGCAUUGUUGACGCGAAGAACUGCAUUGUCGUCAUGACCUCCAACCUAGGUGCCGAAUUCCUGGCCCGUCCCACUACCAAGGACGGCCAAAUCGACCAGCAAACCCGCGAAAUGGUUCUGGGUGCUCUCCGCGACUACUUCCUCCCGGAGUUCCUCAACCGUAUCUCCAGCACGGUCAUCUUCAACCGUCUUACGAGAAGAGAGAUCCGCAAGAUCGUCGAUCUCCGUCUUGCCGAGGUCCAGAAGCGUCUCGAGGGCAACGGCCGCAACGUCCACAUCCAAUGCACCGAAGAAGUCAAGGAUUACCUCGGUGCGGCUGGAUAUUCUCCCGCCUAUGGUGCCCGUCCCUUGCAGCGUCUCAUCGAACGCGAGGUCCUCAACCGCCUGGCCGUGCUUAUCCUCCGCGGCAGUAUCAAGGAUGGCGAGGCUGCCCGCGUUGUCCUCCGCAAUGGCCGUAGUAUCGAUGUAUUGCCUAAUCACGACUCGGUAACUGACAGCGAUGGGGACGAGUCCAUGACUGACGAUGAUGAAUCUUUGGCUAACAUUGAAGACGGUAGUGGUGGUGACAUGGAUCUUUACGAGGAGUAA